AUGUUCCUUUCCAAAUUCAUUCUAGCGUAUGCGACCGGAAUCACUCAGUUAUCUGCUGCUUCAGAAAAGAAUUACGUCGGCAAUGGCGUAUGUACACAGCAAAAGACACAAGACUGCCACAAAGAGUAUCAUUAUUGUGAGCUAAUGUUCGCUGGCGAAUGUUGGAUCACUAAAGUCUUCACUGUGCUCGCCAAAUGUAUAGUAAACGAUUACACCUGCUGUGCGGGAUAUCUGAAAGUCGGCGAAGCUACAGGAAAAGACAUUAGAUGUGAAGAAACGAGUGGAUGCGGCGGCUUGCGAAAACUAACCGCUGGAAAAGGAACGCUUUCAACGCUCAACCAUCCCUUGGCGUAUCCUUCAGAGCACAAAUGCAACUGGGAGAUUCAAGCGCCCGUUGGAUAUACAAUACGACUCGAAUUUACCGCAUUUCACAUUGAGGAUCACCAGCAAUGCUUAUUCGACAAUUUAGUCGUAGUCGAUUCAGUAAUGGAGCGAACGUUCUGCGGCAAGCGCGUUCCAGGGCCGAUAUUCUCCUCUUCAAACAGAAUGCAACUCCAGUUCAACUCGGACAAAGGAAGCGAGUUUGCGGGCUUUGCAGCAAGAUGGUCCUUUGUACAAAAAACCAAGCUGGAUGAAAGAUGCGAGGGCGAUAAAUCUUGGCAGCCUUGCGUUUGCGAAAGUGUGGCGACAUGCGCGGAUCCAUAUCCAGCGGGCUGCAGCGAGCAAACGUGCCGGGCCGGGUGUGCUUGUCCGCCUGAGCGGCAUUUGCUACACGAUGGACGAUGCAUUACGAUCGAGCAAUGUCCACAGAAAUCUACAAGUCCAUUCUGUGGCCGAAGCGGCGCAUUCCUUGAGCAGUCGCGAUUCUCUUCUCGCCCCGUGACGCGCAUCCUCGGCGGACGCAAUGCCAACACCGGAGAGUGGCCAUGGGCAGUGCAGUUACUCCGCAACAGAAAUCUUAUCUGUGGCGCCACAUUAGUAAGCUCUAACUGGGUACUUUCAGCUGCGCACUGUUUUCUCGACCAGUCCAACAAUGUCAACACAAAAGCUGCUCAGUACUUGCUGGCGAUCGGAGGAACCUCACGAUUGUUCACUUCAACGGAAGACAUCCAGAUGAUCGUGCCAAACCUAAUUGAGCCGCAUCCUCGCUUCAGCUAUGCGACGAACAGUCACGACAUCGCGCUGAUUGGCAUUCCACGAUCGGUGAGAUUCUCCGAGUUUAUCAGGCCAGUCUGUCUUCCCUCGAUAGCUGUCAGCUUCGAGGAGCAACAACGCGUCGUUAUCGGCUGGGGAAAAGCAGGCGAGGGAACUUCCCUGGCUAAGACCCUUCAAAAAGUAGACAUGGACGUCGUCGACGAUCAGAUCUGCCAAGACAUUUAUCUCAUUUACAGCGCCGAAUACCAAAUGUGUGCGGGCUCGGGCACGUCGAACGCAAACACCUGCGAAGGGGACUCGGGUGGGCCGCUCUUGGCUGCGGCGGAAGGUGAUGACGGAACGAAAACUUGGUUCAUUUCAGGAAUCACUUCUUUCGGAACAACUUGCGGUCAGUCGACCAACUACGGCGUGUUUACCAGAGUGACGUCGUAUAUGGGCUGGAUUGAGUCUGUUUGCGGCGAGAACUUGAAAGUAAACGCUGACCCGCAUCUCACUGCACAGUUGAAUGAAAUUGCGUCGUUAAAAAGCGCCUCAGACAGCAUCAACAUCGGAAGUUCAGCGAACAUUAAACGCACACAGAGGCGCCUGGAGCGGAUGAAACUUCGCCAAGAGAAGCGUGCCCAAAGAAAUCUCGUUCGCGCCGAGUUGCGAGCUAAGCGCCAACAACAACGCCGCGAAAGCAGAAAAUCGGGACAAUAA